ACGUACUAACUCCAGCACACAACCACCAACCAGAGUUCCGUUCCGGCCGUCAGGAGCAUCCCUGCUUGCCUGCUCCGUCCGAUCCCACUCGUGCGAGCGAUCCAUCGGGGGCGCUGCUGCCUGCUCGCUGCUCGUCUUCGUCUUCGUCCCAUGGCGUCCAUCGCGCUGCUGCUGUCGGAGCUGCUGGGCGGGGACAGCGCCGGCGUGCUGGCCGCCGAGCGCUACAUCACGGGCGGCGGCCGUCCCAGCCCGAGGGAGCUCCUCCGCCCCGCCGUGACCGAGGCGUCGGCGGCGCCGGCCGCCAAGCAGAACGAACGGCGGGGGGAGGAGAGGGAUGACGAGUCGUUCGAGGACCUUGCGGCGUCCAGGAUAGAGGUCGACGUCAUGCUGGCCUCUGGGCUGUCCCUGGGACACGGACACGGGACGCGCCGAUUGUUGUGUUGAUUCGUUGCCCGACAGACACGUACUGUACAUGUUCUUCUGCUCGUUGCUUCCGGUUCUUCUUUCGAUUGAACACACAUGUGUACGUACAUAGUAUAUAAAAAGGAUUGCUGGAUUGUUUCCGCGCUGUUCUAU